AUGCGUGCAACCGGAGAGAGUACUUCUCACACCUCAGCAGCAGGUGAUUCGUCGCCUGUUGUUGUGAACAGUCCACGUUGUGAGUCACCACGUGCGAAAGGUACAUCCGCUUCGUCUGCAGCGGGUACAGCGAAUCAUAAUCUAGAUGACUCUGAAAUAGAGCUUAUCUAUUCUGGCGAGUCGGAUGAUGCAUCCGACUCGAAGGCGACUCCUCACGCCCCCGGAUCACCCGGGGCGGACACUGCAAGAGCCAGGUUGACCGGCUCUGGUCAACGUGGCGGCAUCAUGACCGAGAUCUUCGGAUCGAGCAAUUGUUUGACGAUUCUUCGCCUCACGCGAGUCCAUCCAUCGAUAGGACGCGUGGAGAUGGUGGUGAUGCACCUGUACAUCAUCACGAGCGGGGUAACUUGA